AUGGUUUCCGCUCCCCCUGUCUUGGCCCUAGAAGCCGCCCUUAAGACCAUCCCAGACCAUAGGGCUCCUGGCAUUACAGGCACUCGCAUUGCUGCCAUGACCAGCAUCUGUGUUGAAAACGUUCAGUAUGAGUCGGCCCUCGUCCAGAAGCUGUUCACCUACUUCAUGAUGGCAACUCCUCCUUAUAAGCUCGGCUUUCUAUAUGUUGUAGACUCAGUGGUCCGCAAGUGGCUUGUGCAGGCUAGAAGCCGUCAGCAAGUCUGCGACGAGAAUGCCGCAGAUGGCACUUGCGGUGCUGGCGUGCAUCGACUGACGGUGCUGAUGCCUAACUUCAUCGAUGACCUACUUCGAGCUUUGCCCGACGGCCACAAGGACAAGUUGCAUAAGUUGAUUGGAAUUUGGCGCAAGGCCUUGACGUUCCCUAACGAGAUGAUAAAGUCAUUCCAGAGCAAGCUGGAUGCUAUGCCUGCCCCCGUUCCAAACCAGCCUCGGAUACCCCAGCUGCCUCGUCAGGUCGCCGGUGUCUCUCCUAACACCGCUCAGCAGAUGGCGAUGUUUCGGAUAGCCCCCAGUUGGGGCACUACCGCCGACAGGUUUGCUGUCAUGCUCACGUCCGUCAGCGGCAGCCAUAACGGUGCUGCUCCCGUGGUAUCUACUGCCCCCACAGCCUCCAGCCUUUCGAUUCUGCCUGCUCCAGCCAUCGCUGCGGCGCCGAAUUACUACACUUCGGGACAGAGACAUGGCGGCUCCGCUCAGCCCAACGGUAGCCUCAACCAGCAUGGGUACGACAACCGCGCGCGGUCCCCGAGCCGACACCAGGGUCCCACUCGAUCCGGAUGGCCCAGCCACAGUGAUAGUAGACGCAAACGUCGAGGCAGCAAGCAUCGUCAGCGUAUUCUGGCGCCGAGCCGCGAUGGCAGCCGCAGCAACGGCUCUCGUUACGGUUCAAACGACAAGCGGGUCGAAUUCGACCGAUCUCUUCCCGCCGGCCACAUCAAAGGUCUUAGCCGAACCCUUCUGAGCAAUAGCAUGCAGCCCAGAUAG